AUGAUUUAUGGUUUUGGUUAUGAUUCGUCCAAAGAUGACUACAAGGUGGUAUUAGGAUUUAGAAAUGGUGGUAUUCGUCCAAAGUUUACUUUAAAAUCCAACGUCUGGGAAGUUAUUGGAGAAGUGAAUUACACUUUUGUCAGUAGGGUUGGUUUCCUUUACAGUGGCGCACUUCAUUGGGUUGUUUGUCAUGGUUCAGCUUAUCAGAUGCCGCUAAUUCUUUCUUUUGAUUUGUCCGAGGAUAAAUUUGAGCAGAUCCCACAACCUUGCAAAUGGGCAGAUCAUUUGGGGACCAUAAGCGGUUGUUUGUGCGUAUUGGAUGUGCCCUCAAACACCCUAUAUGGUAUUCCCUUUACACUGCAAGGAGGAUAA